GCAUCAUGUCAUCUUCAAAAAUAUAUUUAGAAUUUACUAGUAUAGGAUGUAAUAAAUUACCACAAAUAGCAUCAUGGGGAUAUGAUGGUUUAUUAGCUUUUGGAGCAAACAAUUAUGUUGCUUUAUAUUAUCCAGAGGACCCAGAAUCUAAGGGUAUUAUUGCAACAUUAUCGGGACAUAAAGAUAAAGUUAAUUGUGUAGAAUUUAUAAAUAGAGGAGAUGAAAUAAAUCAAACGAAUAUUGCAAUAAUUUCUGGAUCAGCUGAUAAAACUGCUAGAAUAUGGAAAAAGAAUAAAUCUAACAAAUGGGUUAAUUCCGCAAUAUUAGAAUCACAUAAUGGAUCAAUUAAUACGUUAGGAGUUGUCAGAUCAAGAAAUAUUAUCGUGGAAAAAGAUUUAUUCGCUACAGGAUCUUCUGAUGGUGUCAUCAAGAUUUGGGAAAGAUGUGAACUAGAUGAUACCAAAGAUUCAGUUGAAUGUAUUCAAACAAUUAAUCUUGGAUCAAAAUAUCCGAUAGAUUUAGCAAUUUCUCAUUUACCAGAAUCUAAAGUUCCAAUAUUAGCUUGUGGAAGUACGGAUAAAAGGUUAUUAUUAUUUGUACAAAAUAAUGGCCAAUUCAUUGAGUCACUAUCGUUACAAGGACAUGAAAAUUGGAUUAGAUCUUUAUCAUUUGCAACUUAUACAACGCCAAUAUCACCACAAAACUUAUCAUCAAAUGACAUUAAAAAUGAAUAUAAAUUACAAGAAGGUGAUUUAUUAUUAGCAAGUGGAUCACAAGAUAAAUAUAUUAGAAUUUGGAAAAUUAGCCUUGUUAAGAAUGAUCAAGAAGAAAUUGAUAAAGAGAAAGGAAAUGAGAAUGGAAAUGAAAAGAAAUCCUUGAUUAAAGAUUUACUGGCUAACGUUUUGGAUGAUGGAACAUUCUCUGGAAAUAAAGUGCAAUUAAGUACGAAAGCUCAUAUUAUUGAUGUCGAAGUAGCUAAAGAUGGAGAAUCAUGUGUCAAUAAGCGAUAUAGUAUUAUGUUUGAAGCGUUGCUUAUGGGGCAUGAUGAUUGGAUUUAUAGUGUAUGUUGGCAACCACCAUGUUUAAUUAAAGAUUCUGAAGGAAAUUUAAAGUAUCAUCAGCCAAUGACCAUACUUACUUCAUCAUCAGAUAAAUCCAUGAUGAUAUGGAAACCUGAACCUGAUACGGGCGUUUGGGUUAAUUUGACAAGAGUUGGUGAAAUUGGCGGAUAUACACUUGGAUUUCUUGGAGGAUUAUUUAAUAAGAAGGGAAAUUAUAUUAUUAGUCAUGGACAUACCGGAGCUUUUCACUUGUGGAAAAAUAUUAGUCAAGAUGACAACGAUAGUGAAGAUUGGCAGCCGCAAGUCUCAAUAAGCGGGCAUUUUAAUUCCGUCAAGGAUAUUUCUUGGGACAGAGGCUUUAAUUAUCUUACAUCAGUGAGUCUUGAUCAAACAGCUAGAAUAUUUGCUCCAUGGUGUCGAAAUAUUGACAAUGAUAAAUUAGCAGUGACUUGGCAUGAAAUCUCAAGACCACAAAUCCAUGGUUACGAUAUAAAUUGUUUUAGUUUUGUUAAUAAAUGGAGAUAUGUUAGUGGAUCUGAUGAAAAAGUGUUAAGAGUUUUUGAUGCACCAAAAACAUUUGUUCAAUCUUUGUCAAAAUUAUUGAAUAAUCCAGGAAUUCUGGAAGAAUUGGAAUCAAGACCAUUAGGAGCAAAUUUACCAGCAUUAGGAUUAUCAAAUAAAGCAGUAUUUCAAGCAGAUAUAAAAAAUUUUGAAGAAGCUGCUCAAGAAGAAGAAUUUUUAAGUAGACAAUCUUAUUCUCAUUCGAGCGCUACACCUAAUAGUUUACUACAGACUUUAGAUAAACCACCUUUUGAAGAACAUUUAUUACAACAUACUCUUUGGCCUGAAAUUGACAAAUUGUACGGACAUGGAUUUGAAUUAAUUAGUGUUGGAGCUAGUAAUGAUGGAAAAUACAUUGCAAGCGCAUGUAAGGCAACAAUAGCAGAACAUGCAGUAAUUCGAUUAUAUGAUACAUCAACUUGGAAAGAAUUGCCAAAUCCAUUACAAUCACACACAUUAACAGUAACACAAAUCAAAUUUUCACAUAAUGAUAAAUAUUUAUUAUCAGUAUCUAGAGAUAGAAUUUGGUCGAUAUUUGAAAAAUGUGAAGGUACGAUACCUUAUAAAUUUAUUACAAAAAACAAAGCACAUUCUCGUAUUAUUUGGGAUUGUUCUUGGAGUCAUGAUGAUAAAUUAUUUGCAACUGGAUCUAGGGAUAAGACAGUAAAAAUUUGGACGCAAAUUAAAUCUCAGGAACAAACCCAAUGGGAUUGUAAAUCUACUAUAAAGUUUCAAGAAGCUGUUACAGCAAUUGACUUUGCUCCUAUAUUUAUUAAUCAAAGAUAUUUAUUAGCUAUUGGAUUAGAAAAUGGGAAAAUAUUUAUUUAUCAAUCUGAAGAUGAGAAUCAAAUAGAAAAAUGGAAUGAAUUUAUUGAAGUUGAUAAAAACGAAUGUCACGUUUCAAGUGUUAAUAAAUUAAUGUGGAGAAAUAAGAAUAUUCAAAAAUUUAUGAAUAAUGAAAAUGUUAAAUUACAAUUGGCUAGUUGUGGAAAUGAUUACUGUGUUAGAUUAUUAAAUCUUGUGAUAUAAUAAAUAAUACUUGACUUUUUUAUUUUCCAGAUUCAUUUCAGUAUUAUUUCAAAAAAAUACAAAAAAAAAACAUACAAUUUAAAAAAAAUAUAUAUUAUAUACAUAUCUUUAUUUCUUU